AUGCUUCAGACAAUGCCAAACAAGCUCUUCAUUCAGAUGUCUGGUGCACCAGGCUCUGGGAAGAGUACGAUGGCAAAAAAGCUCGGAUGCUCCGUCAAUGGGGUAAUCAUCGAUCAUGAUAUUCUCCGAUCUUCCUUUCUUGAAGCCAACACUCCAUUUGACGAAGCCGCAAAGCAUGCCUACCAGCUUCAGUGGAUCCUAGCCCAGGACUUCAUGAAGCAAGGCCACAGCAUCAUCAUUGAUAGUACCUGCAACUACCAGGAGGUACUCGACCAAGGGUCUGCACUUGCCAAACAACACGGCUUCACCUACUGGUAUGUCGAGUGUAAGGUUCAAGACAUUCCCCUAUUAGACCAACGACUGCGCAGCCGGGACUCAGUGAAGAGUCAGCGAGCCGCCGUCGACUGUCCUCCUGCUGCCGCACGCAGCACCCGUGCAGACCAGGACUCACACGCCCUCUUCCAGAAGUGGAUCGAUCACCCGUGCCGCCCACAAGACAAUGUCAUAAUCGUGGAUGCCACGGGCAACCUAGACGCGCUCCGAGAUGAUGUGUUAAGGCAGAUUAUGGGAUAG